AUGUAUCGGAAGUUGUCUAAGUUAGAACACUCGGAAAUAAAACAACUUCUUACAGAAGCUAAUAUAGAUGUUGCAAAGCAUUACGCAACAAACAAAAAAGCACUCGCUGACAUCCUCAAUGACUAUAAUGGUGCAAUAAGUUAUGAUAGAAUUCAUGAGUUCAUAAAGCCGCAACGCGGCGAGGACGAAGUCCAUGCAAGAGCAUUUCCUUUAAAUGACGUUGCUAUUGACUUAUAUCAUAGACGUUCAGUACCUCAUGAAGUAAGAAGAGAAAUGUUUGACAUAACAAAUGCAAACGUUGGUGAAACAAGAAGAAGAGACGACACACUGAAACAACAGAGAAGAGAGAUGUUUAAGAGCGCUAUAGAACAAGUUCGCAAAGCUAACGAUGUCAUUCGUUCCAUUGACGACAAACCAAAAGAAGGUGAGAGAUGGUUAAAGAAAGAUGAAGAGAAUAGGAAGAGGAAU